AUGGACCCAGGCAUCUAUCUAUCCAUUGCCGGCGUGGCCUUCCAGUCCGCCGUCUUCGCCGUCAAGGCGUUCCGCAAGGGCCUCAGCUUCAGCCGCGACGCCGAGCGCCUGGUGCUGCGGCUCGAGGUCGAGCGCUUCCGCCUGCAGAUGUGGGGGGAGAACUGCGGCCUGGCCACCCAGCAGCAUGACGGCAUACUCCCACGGUUGCUGCCGCUGUGCGACGUCCUGCGCCACCAGCUCGACGACGUCGCGGCCCUGUUCCGGGAGCACGAGGCCCUGAGCGAGCGGUACGGCCUCGAGCCCACGACCGACGAGCCCACCAGGUCGGACAAGCUCGCCGAGCUGGUCGCCCGCAUGCAGCGCUCGUUCCGGCGCAGUAGGCCCCGCGGCAGGGCGGCGGAGGAAAGGGGCGAGGACGAGGAAGAAGAGCCCGACACGGAUGACGAGGACGAGGAUCCCAAAGACGCCGCCGCCGCCGCCACCGAACCCGGUCGCACGCGCAGAACGACGAGCACGUGGAACAAGAUCCGCUGGUCGGUGCUGGACCUGGCCAAGUUCGAGGCCCUGGUGGCCGAGCUGGCGGCGCACGUCACGCGCCUGAACCAGCUGCUGGCCGAGUCGACCUUCGGCCACCACCACCACCAACACCACCCGCCCCAGCCCGACGCCAACGACGUGCGCGUCAGCAUCGUCGUCGUCGGCAGCGCCGUGGACCGCGAGUCCAUCGACCUCGUCCGCUCCGCCGUCACCAGCGCCGCCGCCGCCGCCGCCUCCCCGGCCUCCGCCUCGGCCCUGCUGCGCUCUGGCAUCGAGCGCAAGGCCAUCUCGGCCGACCUGCCCGCCUCGUUGCUGCUGCCAUCACCGCCACCACUGCUGCUCCCUCCACAGCCCACCACCGCCACCGCCGCCGCUGCUCGCGGCAGCCUGCGCCUCGCAGACUUUGCGCUGCCCGACAACUUUGCGCGCCUGUCGCGGUUCCUCGCCGAAAGAAAGGGCGGCGGCGGCGGCGGCGGCGGCCUGUUCCUGUUCGAGCGCAAGGACUUUGACCGCGACAUCUCCCCCGACGACAAGCGGCGGCUGACGGAGCGCAUCCGGCGCCUCGUCGUGCUGCUGGGCGGGCCGCGGGACCCGGCCCUCCUGACGCCGCGCGCCGAGGGCUGCAUCCACGACGCCGAGCACUACUGCUGGUGGCUGGUCUUUUGCUUCACCGAGGACGACGACGGGACGCAGCAGCAGCAGCGUCGACAAAACCCGCCAACGACUGCCCUCACCCUCCCCCUCGACCGCCACCAGCCCAUCUCCCUCCGCCUGCUCAUCGACCCAAAGACCAAGUUCCGCCCGCCGCUCGAGCAGCGCUACGCCCUCGCCUCGGCGCUGGCCGGCACGCUCUCGGAGCUGUACCGGUCCAGCUGGCUGCACAAAGGCAUCCGGAGCGACAACAUCCUCUUCCAGCCCUCUUCUUCUCCGCCCUUCUCCUCCUCACCCACCACCACCCUCCCCCUCCCGCCCGACUUCCACCGCCGCCCCCUCCUCUGCGGCUUCGACUAUACACGCCACGAGAGCGAGUGGGCCACCAUCGACCGCGCCCGCCGCAGCCCCGACGUCGCCGCCGCCCUGUACCGCCACCCGGCCUACCAGGGCGCCGCCGCCCAGGGCUACUCCCUCCGCUACGACCUGUACUCGCUCGGGCUCGUGCUGCUCGAGGUCGCCCUGUGGGCGCCCCUGUCCAACUUUCUCGAGGGCAGGCCCGCCAGGGCAACGAGCAAGGUCGCCGCCACCGCCGCCAACGGGACAACAACAACAACAACAGCAAGGGCCGAAAUAACGCUGUCCAAGGACAUGAAGACCUUCCACGAGCCGCACGCCCGCCUGCUCCGCCGCCACGUCCUGCGCCACGUCGACGCCGAGCUCGCCUUCCGCGCCGGGUCGCCGUACCGCGCCGCCGUCGGCUACUGCCUCGGCGGGGACGACGACGACGCCGACGGUGCUGCUGCCGGUCGUGACGACGAUCCCUGGUCCGUGCCGUCGGCCGCGGCGCACCCGGCCCUCGAGUUCUACGACCGCGUCGUCGUGCCCCUGGCCCGGCUGGCGAACGCUGCUGCCGCCAGCGCCUGAAUUGUCGCAUCUUUUUCUGGCUUCGGAGCGAGGGCUUUUGCUGUAGUCUAUCUUUCCUUUCUUUCUUCACUCCCCGUGUGUUUAGCCUUCAUUUCCCAGUCUUGAGAAAGCGGCCUUCUCGUUACCCGGCCAGAUGUCUAUUUCCCGAAACCCCUACCGUCGGGGAUUGUGGUCAGUCUUCUUUAUUUGUACAAGUGCUCUUCUUUCCAGAUUAAACCGCGCGCCGUGGAUAUCCAAACAUUUCCGGAAUGGUCCGUCGUCUUUCUUGCUUUUCCGUCCCGUUUGUACAAUUCCUCCUUCUAUACCAGAGAAGCAAGCUAUUGCGAAUCCAGUCCAAAUCAAAGCUCCAGAUCUGGAU